AUGGCACCUCAGAAAUUAAGAGCAUUCCCAACCACAACUCCGAUCGUAUCUCCAAAAGAGUAUGAAGGGAACAAUAAAGUCAAAUUAUCAGGUAGAAUCCUUAAUGUUAUGACUUCGUUACCAACCCAGAUCAUAAGUGACUACAAUAAGGAAACUAAACAAUACUUUUGGGAUGUUGAAGCUGUCCGUGGGAACUCCGCAUUGUAUUCUUCUCAACAUUUCCUUGUUGAACAUUCAGAUUGGGAAACUCAUGUCAUUGCAUGGACAGGUGAAUUGAUCAACAAAAAUAAAAACACAAGUUCCCUUACUGCAGAAAAUUUACAAGAUGAUCCUUUGUAUUUGGAUGAAGACGAUAAAAAAGAUAUUGAAAAAAAAUUAUGUGAAGCCAAUGGUACUCCAAACAUCCAUCCUGUUUGGUUGUUGAGACGUGAUCAGAGUAGAUGGAGAAGAUAUGCUGAGAACGUAUUAUGGCCAGUAUUUCAUUAUAUACAGGGUCAACCUUCGGACGAUGGAACUGCUGAAAUUAACGCUUGGCACGACUACGUAAAGUUUAAUGAAGCUUAUUUGAAUAAGAUUAAGGCUGUUUACAAACCAGGGGAUAUCAUUUGGAUUCAUGAUUACUAUCUUUUAUUAUUACCUCAAUUGUUACGUAUGGAAUUCCCUGAUGCCUAUAUUGGAUCCUUCCUUCAUGUUCCAUUCCCUUCUUCGGAAUAUUUCAGAUGUCUUUCUAAGAGAUCUCAAUUGUUGGAUGGUAUGUUGGGAUCUGAUAAAAUCGGGUUCCAAUCAGAUUCGUUCCAAAGACAUUUCUUGUCCUGUUGUGCACGUAUUUUAGGAUACGAUGUUACUAGAGAUGCUGUUUCCGCUUAUGGUACAUCCAUUUCUGUCGAAACAUUGCCAAUUGGUAUUGACACCAAAAAGAUUGAACACGAUGCCUUUUCUGAUGGUAGUGUAAUUGAUGAAAAAGUUGAGGCCUUACGAGAAUUAUAUCACGGUAAAAAGAUUAUUGUUGGUAGAGAUAGAUUAGAUAAGGUCAGAGGUGUUAUACAGAAAUUGGAAGCUUUUGAAACAUUCUUGGACAUGUACCCAGAAUGGAGAGAUAAAGUUGUAUUGAUUCAAGUGUCAAGUCCUGGAUUUUCACAUUCGGCAAAUGUUGAAUCCAAGGUCACUGAAUUGAUUUCUAGAAUUAACUCAAAAUAUGGUGACUUUAAUCAUACACCAGUAUUGCAUUAUCAAAUGAGAAUUGGCAAAGACGAAUAUUUAGCAUUAUUAAGAGUAGCAGAUUUGGCAUUGAUCACCUCUGUUAGAGAUGGUAUGAAUACAACAUCGUUGGAAUUUGUAAUCUGUCAAAAGUAUAACAAUUCACCAUUGAUUUUAUCUGAAUUUACCGGUACCGCAACCGUUUUGAAGGAUGCAAUUUUGGUCAACCCAUGGGAUGCUGUUGGUGUUGCCAAAACUAUUAAUGAUGCCUUGUUAUUAUCACCAAAGGAUAAGAUGCAUUUGGAAUCCAAAUUGUAUACCAAGGUUACUUCUAAUACCAUCCAAAACUGGACUUCAAGAUUUAUUCGUGAUAUCAUUGACCACUCCAUUGUCACCCAUACCAAUAGUUUCACCCCAGCUUUGAAUAGACCUACCUUGUUGCAAAACUAUAAAUCAUCAAAGAGAAGAUUGUUUUUGUUUGAUUAUGAUGGUACCUUGACUCCGAUUGUCAAAGAUCCAGCUGCCGCUAUUCCAUCAGACAAGUUGAACCGUAUCUUGGAUACAUUAUCUGCUGACCCAAAGAAUCAAAUUUGGAUUAUCUCUGGUAGAGACCAAGCCUUUUUGGAAAAAUGGUUGGGUAGUAAGAAUGUUGGUUUGUCUGCUGAACAUGGUUGUUUUAUGAAAGAUCUUGGGUCAAAAACUUGGGUUAAUCUUGCCGAAUCAUUUGACAUGUCAUGGCAAGAAAAAGUUGAUGAUGUUUUCAAAGAUUAUACAGAAAAGACACCAGGUUCAAACAUUGAACGUAAAAAAGUUGCAUUGACUUGGCAUUACCGUCGUGCUGAUCCUGAGUUGGGUGCUUUCCAAGCUGAAAAGUGUUUAAAACAAUUGAAUGAUACUGUUGCCAAAGAAUACGAUGUUGAAGUUAUGGCAGGUAAGGCUAAUAUUGAAGUCAGACCAAAAUUUGUCAACAAAGGAGAAAUUGUUAAACGUUUAGUUUUGCACCCUCAUGGAACCAAACAAGAUCAAACUGCAACUGGUGCUUCCGAUGAAAAUGUAUCAGUUGAUGAAUUACCAGAUUUCAUUUUAUGUUUAGGUGAUGAUUUAACGGAUGAAGAUAUGUUCAAUUCCUUGAUUACAAUUGAAAAGCAAUGGCAAGGUAAAGAUGUUCCAACCAAUCAAUAUGGUACACAUGGUGUUUAUCCAGUUGCUGUUGGUCCAGCUUCUAAGAAAACCGUUGCAACUGCUCACUUGAAUGAACCAGCUCAAGUUUUGGAAACUUUAGGUUUAUUGGCAGGCCAAGUUUCUAUAUUUGAAAGUGCCGGUAGUGUUGAUUUAGAUGAUCGUGGUCAUCUUGCUAACAGUGUUUCUUCUGAAAGAUCCAAACAUGCAGUUAGUAAAGCUACAGCUUUACGUAGACAAGCAAGUUCAGAAAAGAGUAUUAACACUGUGAAUUCUACCAAUGGAGAACAAUAG